AUGAAAUACUUGAAGAGAUGGAGCAAAGACCGCGCAAAGAUUGUAAAAGACAUACGACUAGCAGCAAUUUCACAGGUUGAUAGAGGCUUGGCAAACACGGCCAAGGGUCACCUGGCCUUGGUUCCAGCGACAGCCAAGAAAAGGGAUGUUAUUGCGAUCGUAGCCUGUUCGUUUCCAAUUGUUUUGAGGCGGAAAGAACGGGGGUAUGAAUACAUCGGAGAAUGCUAUCUGCACGGCUUCAUGGACGGCGAAGCCUUUGCUGGAGACGAAGAACACGAGGUUGAAGAAUGUUCCAUACAAUAG